UUCUUACUGCCCGCGUCGUCACGACAACCGUUGAUAUCAACAAAGUCGCGCAGUGAAUUUUUCUCCGGAGGAGGCAAAAUGACGAGAAGUGCGACGUGGUUUUGAAUGUGCGAAGGAGAGUUAGUGCUGGAGUGACUUGUGAAAGUGGAACAUGUAAUAAUGUGGUGCUAGAGAAAAAAUCGUGUGAGAUUCUGUGCAUAGUAAUGGGUGAAGUGAAUGAAGCUGUGAUCAAGAAGACCCAGGAGACUCUGGGGAAGUUUGUCAAGAGGCCUCCAUUGACGGAUAAAUUGCUAAUGAAGCCACCGUUUCGAUUUCUCCAUGAUGUCAUCAAUGUGGUGAUCAAGGAGACGGGUUUUCUCAAGGGAUUGUACACCGUGGAAGAGCUCAAUUCUGAGAAUGUCCGAGAUCGAGAUGCCAAAAUUAAAUUUCUAGAGAAAUUAAUCAAUAUUGUCGAAAUGGUUACCAAGGCGGACUUGAAGGUGCGUCCAUCGAAGAUUGUUGCUGGGCAGGAAGUCGAAAAGACUAAUGAACUCCUUCAGGCCAUUGGUAUGGCUAUUGAGAAGAAACUCGACAGUCGAGCGGCAAUUGAGUCUUCCAGGGCGGAAAAUGUGCCCAAGAAGACAACAAAGGCUGCUCCUGUUGUGACCCAGAAAACAAAACCAUCACCCACAACAACAGCACCUGCCACGAAGGGGCAGAAACCAGGUGGGAAGGUGGAAAAGACUGCUGAGAAGAAGGUGAAGGGGACUGUUGAGAAAAAGGGGCGCGAGAAGCCCAAGAAUGAGGUGAAAGAGAAGCCAAAAGUUGAGGCAAAAGUCACGAAGAAUGUGAUGAAAAAGGAAAGUGUUUUGGCUAAAAAUGAGAAGAACAAGAAGGAUCAGGACAAAAAAAGGAUAGACAGUGGAAUUAAAUUGGAGGAUUCGCCGAAUGAGCAGGAGACAAAUCGUGAGGAUUCUCCGAAAGGGAUUCAGUUGACGCUUGAAGCAACGCCUAAAAAUGAUCCUGUGCAGACGAAAACGACAGAAAGGAUCCCAGAGGAGCCACCAAAAGAGGUGCUUAAGGAAGUAACCAAGGUUUCUGAAGAGAAACCAGAGGUAAAGGCAGAACCUGUCCAGGAAGUAAGGACAGAACGUGAUGAACUUGUCGAUGUGAUUGAUGAGGAGGCAGAACGUCGUAGGAAGGAGAAACGCCCACCGAAAACACCUGCAGCAGAAGAAAAUGUUCCAGAAGAUCCUCCGCCUGAACAACCGGAAUCCCGUCCGGAAAGUCAUCAGCGAAGGAGGACAAAGUCAUCGGAGAAAAAGGGGAAGAAACUCAAAGAUGUGAAGGAAGAGAAGGAAGUUGUUCAGAAGCCUGAAAAGAAAUCCUUCAUCAAGCAAUCAAGCGUCGAUGGAAGUGGAAAAAUUCAGAAUGUUCCUCGUCCUAGGACUUCCCUGAGGCCACCAAGUGUUCGACCAGCUUCAGCACGUCCAGGAGCUCCGAGGAGGCGGGAUCGCAACGUUGAGAUUGUCCUGCAGCCAGAGGAGACGAUCAAAAUUGGAGAUAUCAGCGUGAAGAUGGAGAAUUUUUCUGUUGAUCUUGAAGAUGAUGGGGAAAAUCUGAUAAUUAUUGAGGAUUCAACGAAUCGAGAGGAUCCUCUGUUAAGUUCAGUGUCUCAAAUUGAGAAUGGCGAUGCUGGUCAGGAGCAUGGACAUCUCGUGCAGCAGAUCCUGGAGACACAAAAGGGGCUCACGGGAGGAAAAUCCGUGGCUGAUGAGGACAAGAAAAUCGAUGAUUGGAGUGAUCGACGCACGAGGCAGGCUUCAACGCAGCAGAUGGAUGCUCUCAGGGAGUCAAUCCAAAAACUGACGAGAGCUGUCAAUCCGCUGGGAAAAUUGAUGAAUUUCCUGCAGGAGGAUAUCGAUUCCAUGCAGAGGGAAUUCAAUAUGUGGCGUGAGAUGCAUCAAAUGGCUCUCAGUGAACUCAAUCGCGAGAGGUCUCAUUCGCAACCAGCUACGGAAGCUCUCAAGCUACUAGAAUCUUCAAUUCAGGAGCAUACAGAGCUCAUAGACAUCAGUCGAGCCAAUAUUCUGCAGAAUGAGCAGAAAAUUGCAAAAAUCCUCACAGACACCUAAAAAUCACGAAGAUUCAUCGCCUCAUUAACAUAUUCCCGCAGGGCGAUUCCGUAAAAAUAUGACAAAGUCAUAAGACAAAUUUAAAAAAUGUUAUGUGGUAAAUUCGGGAAAAUAAUCGAAAAUUAGAUAUCAGGUACUAGGGUAAGUGUACCAAAUUCCGGCCAGCUUGCAAUUCCGGCAACAUUUUUUAGGUGUGAUUCCUUCUAAUCACACCUAUUGUAAUCUUCGGAUUUUCUCAAAGUGCUCCGAUCGAGCUGAAAUUCACGGGGUAUAUGUUUUGAACAUCCUUGAUGCCGAAAAUCAUAAGCCGGCAAUUUCGGGUCCGGCCGGCCGUCUGGCCGUCCGUAGUACGCAAUACCUCUGGUUUGGAUAGAUAUCUUCAUAAUUUUUUUUUUAAAUAUAUCUACGCGCGCGUACGACGAUUUCUGUGCUAUUAGUUUUUUGAAAAACGGUUCUAAACCGGUUAAAAAUCACGUUUUGUAGUUUAUCUCGAAAUCUAGGUAUGCGAUUUUAAAUUUUUUAUGUUUAUGUUGUAGUCCAGAGAAUUUAGACCAAUUAAAAAAAAAUUAAGACAUUCGUGGAACGGUUCUCGAGAUAUUUCACUUUAAAGAUUUCAAUUUUAAGAAAAUUUGCUUGGCGUGAAUAUAGUGCUUCGAAUAUAGUGAGUCUAUAUUCGAAGAUUUGUAAUGUGGCAUAUACAAUGCACGAUCCGCGAUGUCUUUCGCGGAUCUUCGCGAGGCGCGAAUUUUUCGCGGAUUUUCGCGGGGCGUGAAAUUUUUCGCGGCUUUUCGCGGAGCGUGAGAUUUUUCGCAGAUUUGCGCGGGACGCGUAUUUUUUCGCGGAUUUUCGCGGAGCGUGAGAUUUUUCACAGAUUUGCGCGCGUCGCGUAUUUUUUCACGAAUUUUCGCGGGGCGCGAAUUUUUUCGCGGAUUUUCGCGGAGCGCGAUUUUCUCGGGUCGCUGACAGAGGUUCUCAAUGAAUGUAAAGUUGAGGCCUCUAUCUUUUCAUAGUCUCUGAGAUAAUCGACUUCAAAGCUUUUCAGACACUUUUAUGCUUUUCUCAUC